UGACGUUUUGCCAGGGCGAUUUGGAGAUGAAGCGAAGAAUUUGUUCUGGACUUGGAUGAUUCUCUCAAUUGCGGCUCAUCGACUAUCUAGCCACGAAUAUCCUCGUCCAUUCACUCAUUUAUCCCUUAUUUUACUCUCCUUUUUCAUUCUUUGCGCUGUUUUUUUACUCCACUACCCCACAUUACUAUGAGCAAAAAGUUCAAAUCGCAGGCCUCCAGCAGCCGUGCUGCUGCCAGUGCAUAUGGAUCUUUUGGCGGAUUUUCCAGUUCCUUCGCGAGUGCAGGAAGAGCCCCUUCCUCGCUCACAUAUGUGACCGCGCCACCAGAUCUGUCGCGGAUUGCGGAUGCGAAGCUGGCCAUUUCUUUUAAGAACUUCCUGAAGAAGGAUGAAGUUACGAGAAUAAAAGCAUUAGAUGAGAUUAAAGAUUAUGUAUCGACAGUCGAAAGUCGUGGUGCCACUCUUGACGACGGGUUCUUGGAUGCUUGGAUCAAAAUUUAUCCACGGGCCUCGAUUGACAUUUCCCGUAGAGUGAGGCAGACGGCUCAUUCAGCUCAAGGAUCCAUUGCCUGUGUUGUUGGCAAAAGGAUAGCCCCAUAUUUGCCUAAGGUGAUUGGGGCAUGGCUUGCAGGAUUCUACGAUAAUGACCGACCCGUGCAUCGAGCUGCCUUAGAGUCGUUCAUGGAGGUGUUCACAAACGAAGAGAAAAGAAACGGAGUAUGGAAAGUCUACCAGAGCUCAAUUCUCGACUUUGUAGAUGAUGUUAUUCUGCAACAGACUCCUCAAACACUGAGUGAUGAAAGGACAGUGAAGCCUGAUGAUGCGGAGGCAAAGUAUGCUCGUGUAGUAGGAACAGCUCUCCUGCUAUUGAAUCGAGUCAUAGCAAAUUCGACUCACGAAGAUCUCCAAAAGGAUCUGACCACAGUGGAGAAUCUACUGAAUAGCAAAUCGAUGUGGUCCCUCUGCUUUCAUGACGAUCCAUUUGUUCGCAAGUCCGUCUAUGUCUUGCUUAGGUCUGCUGUAGCAAAAGAACCCGAGGAGCUGGAUUGGAGGAUCAUCAGUUCAGCUCUGAUUGGCAAAUCCUUGUCCAUCAAUCAAUUGGGUUCAGCCUCCGACCUCUCUGAAUCUUUGCUGGAAGUAACUUCAGCCCGACCACAAUUGUGGACGGAAGAUUACUCCGGAAAGACUACGUCUUCCAAGAGGCUCCUUCAAUACAUCCAGAAAGGCUCUCAGGGAGGCGUGGGCUCCUUCUGGUCAAAUCUUCGCCAACUACUGCAGAUUAUACCUGCGGAAGUGCUUGCGAAAACUGAUCCGCAGGCAUCUACUGACGGCAUGAUUGGGCUAUCGAGUGCAACUUUGCUGACGGAGGCGUUUCAACUUGGAUUGAACUCAAGAGAAGAGCCGCGGCAGAAUCAAGCUGUGGGUUGGAAGUCUUACAUUGAGACCGGCAUUUGGCUAGCGAGUUCACUACCGGAGAGCGAUAGGGACACGUUUUUGCGCGCCAGGGUAUCUCCUCUAGUCAUUCAACACGUGAGAGCAGAGCAAAAUGCGCCGCAAUGGACGCUCCCGAAUCAGAAUGCUGUAGCUCUCUGCACAGAGUAUUCUGUCGCGUUAGCUAAAAGCCAUUAUUAUAACGAACUCCAGCGGCUGUGGACCGAUUUAGCCGAUGGUCUGCUCGAAUCCGUCAAACUAUCCGCUCCAGAGCAGUCAAAGGAGUUCAGAUCGUCACAAGAUGCUGUAUGUGCGCAAGCUGGACGACUCUUUGCUCUGGAGGCUUUAGUACUUGCAAGUGUAGCCGAUACUGAGUCGAAAGCUUCCGUGUCCAGCGUUCUUGGCAAGACAAACUUGCCACUUCUGGACAAUUGCCUGCAAGUAUUGCGCUCUCGGAAUGGCAAGCCAUAUGCUGCUGCAGCGGUCGUUGAAGAGAUGAUCCGCAACGCUGCAGAUAUUGCAAAACAAUCUCGAGAAUUGGCGGAUUUCGUUCAGAAUGAUGCUCCCGAAUUGUUGUCCUCACCAUCGGCUGACCGCCUCAUAUCAGUCAUCUUGUCCUGUCGUUCUUGGGACGGAUUCGGCUCUAGCUUUGAGAAAGUGGUGGAACGAGUGGCGGAAUCCGAACCGGAGCAAUCAAAUACACAUGCUGUCCAGAAGCUACUUUCAACUCUCGAUCUCAAAGAAGUGCAUGACAAAACAGGUCUUGACUCAUUGAUCAAACGGGCUUUGGACCAAGCGUGCAGAGGUAGCCGAUUCCACUGGCCAAUCGUGAUCGCAGCACUUCAGAACCAGACAUCACACGGCGAACUAACAAACUCGAUUUUCUUGUUUAUCGUUGAUUCAUUGUCUGAGCCAACAAAGGUUUUUGAAGCGCUGUAUGGGCUGUCUCAGAUUGCAAAAUCUGUCCCGGAUGCGCUUAGCAAAUUUCAGGCCGGAGCCCACGGAUCAAAAUUGGCCGGAAAGCUUCUGUUUCUGGCAGAAACUUCUGACGAGGAAGUGACCAGUCUUGCAGAGUCAGUGCUGACAAAAUUCAAAGAGAUUGGGGUCGGUGAGACGAGCGCCAAGUCGAGUUUUGAGAUCUUGCAGUACAAUUUCGAUCACGUCAAUGAGGAAUCUCUUUCGAUUGGAUCUCUGCUAAGCAUAGCAGAAGAGUUGCUUCGUGCCGCUGACCCGGAGGCCCGGGCCUCCAUCGCUAAAGACAUCUUGCCCUCUCGUCAAACGUGGGAGACAGCCUUGCGGCCGUUCCUGGAGCUUCCUCCUCGCCCAUCAACAGCUAUCACAAGUCCGCUUGGCGGGACUGUUUAUCUAGUAAAACCCGAGGUAUCAGAUACACUUAAGGAACAGUACCACACUAUUCCCCGUGAUUCCAGUGGUUGUUCGUCUGGGUUCCGACUCGCAUAUUUCACCGUUCGUGUUCUUUCAUCGUUCGAUAUAACGGGCAAUUUGUCAGCAGAGGAGCGAGAGACACUGUUUCACUUCAUACCCUUGGCUUUACAGCUGAUUGAUGACGAUUUGAGCAUUGAAAAUUGCAACGGUAUUACUGGAUUAACGCACUCAGACCAACGAGAAGAAUACUUAGAGAUUGUUUACGAUGGCCGCAAAGUGAUCAAGCAGUGGACGCGCUCAGAUGACCGUCCAUCUAAAAGAGAUGCGGCAACCGCCUCAACAAUCCUGUCCUUCUGGCAGAACAAACUCGAAGCCCUAAACAAUACCUCUCCGACGGACUAUCGUAUUGGAGAAGCCUUUGUCAGGCUGAUGAACAGCAUCGACUCCGCCAACAAGAGUAAAUCCACAGAGGAGAUCACCAAAUUUUGCAGGGAAGUGCGAAGUUCGAACGCCAUUCGAUCGGCAUCCUGGGUGGCAAUCUUACGGGAAUCCAUCUUAGGAAGUCCGACGGGCAACCGGCUGUGCAAUGAACUGAUCGCAGACUCUACGGGCUUGAAGCCUCAAGAUGAGAAGAAGGAAGGUCUCCGAAAACUGUCUUUGCUUAACCUUCUUCUUGCGGGGGAAAUAAACGUGGCGUCGACCAUUCCGACUCAGCGUCUAGUCUUCCUUGUCAAGCAUCUCAUACAAUGUCUCCAGUCCGAGGACUUGCCGCUCAAUAUCAAAGCCGAGAUCAUGCAUACCCUGACCUUUGUCCUUCCUUGCCUGAAUGAGAUAUAUGGAUCGCAUUGGGAAGACUGCAUGGAAGCUCUCAGCACGGUUUGGCGCGAGACUAGCGGGGCCGAUGAAGCUCUCCCCCUACUCCUUGCUUCGUUCAGGCUUUUCGCAAGCCUGAGGUCAAUCGUUGCUGAAGAAGACAGCAAUGAUGAUGUCAAAGACGCCUGGUCAGAACGCAAGACGGUCCUUUUCAACGGCUUAGCCUCAACCCUUACAAAAUUUGACUGCACCAUUGCUUUCCAUCAGCCCCGGGAUGUUACCGUUGAAGUGCUAUGCCGCUUGAUCAAGGUGAUGCCUGUCGAGAGCCUCGAAGACCCGAGUAGGAUGUUCCAUCUCUUGACAGCUGACAGCCGAGUUAUCCAACGUGCAGCUUUUACUCUCCUGCACCGUUAUAUCCCAUCAGUGCAAGAGCAAGUCUCAUUUGAUGUGGCAUUAUCCAAGUCUGUGGUCAGGCUUCCUGAUGAGCUCAUGUCUUUGCUACUUGAAGCCCCCACGAUGGAAUCGAUCACUCUUGCGGAUGGCGAUGACAAGAUCUGGACCAGUAUAAGAUCUUAUUUGCUGAGCUGGAAAGUCGUAUUUGACCACUUUGUCAACGCGUCUCUCCCGCUUCAGGAGCAAUAUGUUGCAAGCAUCAAGGACAACGAUAGCCUUGGUCCCUUGUUAGAGUUCAUGUUUGAUUUCCUUCAGCAGUCCCACAGUAAACUGGUGGAUGCUUCGAGGUUUGACAUUCGCUCCUUUGAACCUGAUCAAUCCGAGACUCAAGAGAAAGAGAUCCAGUGGCUUUUGGUUCACUUAUACUUUUUGUGUUUGAAGCACCUUGGCAAUAUGACGAAGAACUGGUGGCUGGACACAAAGAAGCGCAUAAAAGGGCCUGUUGAGGCGUGGACCGAGAGAUUUAUCUCGCCUUUGAUCAUCGAAGACUCUCUCAAAGGGGUGGACGACUGGAUGGCCACGCAGGAUCCAAACGAAGAGCGCGCGCUUUCAGUGAAGAUAUCUUCCAAGACUGCGGAGAUCAUCGCGAGCAUCCCUGUUGAUGAAGAGUCGCCUCCGGUUGCGCUGUCGAUCUCCCUCCCUCCAGCAUAUCCAUUGCAGCCUGCCCUCGUUGUGGGGCGGAGCCGAGUGCUGGUCGACGAGAGGAAGUGGAAGAGCUGGCUGCUCACCAUUCAGGGUGUGAUCAUGUUCUCCAACGGCAAUCUUGUGGACGGACUGAUGGCCUUCCGCAAGAACGUGCAGGGCGCCUUGAAGGGCCAGAGCGAAUGUGCCAUCUGUUACUCGGUGAUCUCGACGGACAUGCAGACGCCGAAUAAGAGAUGCGCCACUUGCAAGAACACCUUCCACUCGGUGUGUCUCUUCCGCUGGUUCAAGAGCAGCAACCAAAGUACCUGCCCUCUGUGCCGCAACAACUUUGUAUAUGUAUAGAUAGGAUCGUGGGUUCUUACAUAGCAUAGACGGCGUUGCGCGGGGGUCUAGACAGAUGACGAUCGAAGGGAUGAUUGGUAUAAAUAAAACAUUGCAUGG